AUGUCGACUGCUGCAACGAAGAAACUGCUCAAAUACGAUAGCACGUAUCGCUCCUCGUGCCUAAACAGCGCAACGAACAGCCCCGACGCUGUCAUGACUGCAUAUGCGGAGUCUACCGACUCAGCGCCGUCGGUUCAAUCCCAGUCAAGGAACACUGUAAGCCCGCGAAAUGACGGUCCUAUCACCCAGCCGAAUGGUGAAUCGUCGUCGCAGCUUAAUGUGGUUUUCAACCGAUUCUCGCCGGUACUCAAGGGCGGUUGGGUUACCUACCGCCGCAAGUACCUCGAGGGCCCCACCAUUGGCAAGGGCAGCUUCGGUGUUGUCAAGACUCUGUUUGCUAUGAGUGACAUUUUAUCGUUGCAACAGUUGUUGCCAACGAGGCUGCAGUUGCCGGCCAACCGACUCAGCCAAGGGAUCAGGUGCGUUUCGACCAACCGCUACGAGUUCUGCGGCAUGCCCAUAAACCCGCCCACCAGGGCGGUAAAAAUAAUGAACAUCAAAAACCCAGGAGGCUCCACGAAGCUAAAGGACACAUUGCACAUUUUUCGGGAGCUUUCUAUUGGCGCGUGGCUGGAUCACCCCAAUGUUGUCAAGGUUUCCGAAAUAUACACCAACGGUUCGGAGGACAUCAGCGACGUCUCCAAUGAAGUAUUCCAUAACAGGUCGUACGUGGGCAAUAUUCCGGCCGAUUGCACGCAAGUGUACUUGGUCAUGGAAUGUUGCAGCGGGGGAGACCUAUCUUCACGCAAGAUACCGGAGAUGUCAAAGGAAGAGACUGUGUCACGGAUGUUUGUGCACAUCUUCCGAGCGCUAAGCUAUAUCAAUACACUGGGCAUAGCGCACAGAGAUGUCAAGCCGGAAAAUUUUUUGUGGUCAAGUGACGCUCCCGACGCCGAUAUCAAGAUCACCGAUUUCGGACUCGCCAAUUCCCCGCUGCAUACGCUAGCCUCACGAGCGGGCACCGCUUACUACGUGGCCCCGGAAAUUGUUAAGCAUGCGCCGCAAAAGCAAUAUUCGGUCAAUUGUGAUUCCUGGUCUGCGGGGAUCAUGCUGCAUGUGUUUUUGCUGGGCUACUGUCCCUUUCACGCUGAAACUGACGUGAAGACACUCGUGCGUGUUGCCACCGAAGAAAUCGAUUGGUGUGAUACGCGUUACUCGAAAAUCACCCCUGACGCUUUCGACCUGCUGCGAAGGCUUUUGGUGAAGGAUCCCCAAAAGCGGAUGUCUACUUCGGAGGCGCUGCGGCACCCCUGGCUGCGACAAGCGACCUUCGAGGUCUACAACAUUCCCAUGACCGUGGAAGAGGCCACUGGCAUCGUGGAUUCGUUGACCGCGUUUUAUCGUUGUCCCGUCCUAAAGCAGCUGGCGCUGUGCGUCAUGGUUGGGCAGGCGCAGCCCGAAAAGGUGGCGGAAUAUCGAAAGAAGUACCUCUACCUCUCCAUGUUCUGCGAAAACGACUACUUCUGGGUCAACGCAAAUACGGUGGAGAAGUGGCUAUUGUGCGCGCGUGAGGAACCUGGCAACGUGGGUGCACGCCAACCUGGUGAAAAGAGGCCUCUAUACAUGUGCGCGGAGUACAUUCCAGGCUACGGGCAGGAUCAAUUCGAAACUGACGGUCUCUCUCAGGGUCCGAAGCGCCGUGUGAUCCUCAGGCAAUCGACGCUGUGGAAGUCGGUAUCCCGCCUGAACGAGAUAGUGAGCCAGUUCAGCAACCACAAGAUUUCCAUCAGUUUCACGGAAUUCCUCGCCGCGCAGCUCAUGCCUCAUCUGCUGCACAGGAGCGAUCUCAUCUUGGACACAUUCGCUGGGCUGCGCAGCGAAACACCAGGAAGAAGGUCCAUACUGAUCGACACACGCGACCUCCGGAGACUGCUCAACCCAAUGUACCAGUGCUCCAACAGCGACCUGGAGGAUGUCUUGAGGCAAACGCAGCUGAUAGCGCACUGUGCAUAUCUCCGCAACCUUGCCACUGAAGAGGAAUCGAAGUUGAGAGUCUACAACCUGUUCAAGCCGGUACUUGACCAGAAGGUCGACACGAAUCCCAUGACUCUCACAAUAGACGAAUUUUUCGUGCUCAUGAAGUCCUCAAAUGACGUGGAUGUCGUCAUGGAAGCGCUUAAUGGGUCCCGAGAAUUGCCGUGCAUUGCCUAUGAGUCGGCGAAGCGGAGGAUGAUUGUGUCCAAGCUGCAGGAGAUAGAGACCUGCUGCGCUGAGAGGAAGAAGCGCAAAAAGGUUGCCAAAACAGUGCUUCAGAACUGUACUGGCCUUGAGAAGGGGGUAAAAGCGUCCAAUACCAACCGCCGAGUCCCUGUACGAAGCUAA